AUGCCAGCAGACCGGCCAACCAGCCAGCGCCGCCCUUCAUCUUCUCCAUAUCUCCUCUCUCCAGGCGGAUAUGACGAAGAUGCUACUACCAUACGCGCGCUGUCUGAUCAGGAAUCGGACUCUGAAGAUGACCAGCUUAUGGAAGCUUCCCGAAGUACCCUCGACCUGGUACAACACGACCGCACCGUUCUAGAGGAGGAAGAGGAGCGGGAGCGGCUGUUAAUCAGAGCGAAGUCGAGUCCAACAGAUGGCCUACGAAGGAUAUUUGGGGCCAAUCCCCAUGAUAAUGGGAGCUUUAGUGUGAAGAUUGGGAAACGGGACCGGAGUAGGCGGCGGAGAAGAGAGUUAGCCGCGAUGACGAGUGAUCGAAGGAGACGAAGAAGCUCUGCGCAGAGCAACAAUGAUGCUAUGACUUUGGGAGAAGAUGAUGAAUUAAUGUACGAAAUGGAGGAGGGUGUGUGCAAAGCUAUUGACUCUGAUGACGAUUCACGAUCCGUAUCAACCAUAAGUUCCAUAUUUAGCGAUUUGGACCCUCGGGAUAUCGGAAGUAGAGGCUACUGUGGCACGUCAAGCGGCUAUCGGACAUCACACCAUCAACCUCCUAAUACCAUAUCCAACGGCACCUCGCUAUUCCUACCUACCACUAUUCUUAUUUCUCUUGAUGGAUUCAGGGCCGAUUUCCUUACCCGCGGCCUCACGCCAACUCUCAACUCCUUUAUUGCCAACGGAAUAUCGCCCAAGUAUAUGCUUCCAAGCUUUCCAUCCGUCACAUUCCCCAACCAUUUUACGCUAGUAACUGGCCUCUAUCCUGAGAGCCAUGGAAUCGUGGGAAACACAUUUUGGGACCCCGAGUUAAAAGAUGAUUUUUAUUAUACAAAGCCUGAGAAGAGCAUGCAGCCAAAGUGGUGGACAGCUGAACCCAUCUGGGCAACUGCCGAGAAACAAGGUGUGAAAACCGCCAUUCAUAUGUGGCCUGGGUCUGAAGCGCACAUAAUGGGAAUUGAGCCUACAUUUCUGGAUAAAUACAAUGGAAAUGAAGCCCUGCCUCGAAAAGUUGACCGAAUUCUCGAAUUACUAGACCUCCCAGGAGAGAAGGACGCGGAUGUUCCGCCUGCCAUUACGCAGCGGAGACCUCAGCUCAUUGCGGCUUAUGUACCGAAUGUGGAUGCUGCAGGGCACACCUUUGGCCCCAACAGUACUGAAAUUAGAACCACGAUUGCUAACGCUGAUAAAAUGUUGGCUUCUAUUCUUCAAGGCCUGGAGACAAGAAAUUUGACUGACGUUGUUAAUAUUGUUGUUGUAUCCGAUCAUGGAAUGGCCACCACCUCAGUAGACCGCCUGGUCCAGCUCGAAGACCUAGUGGACCUUAAUUUGGUUGAACGAAUUGAUGGCUGGCCCCUCCGAGGGCUUGUACCGAAACGAAAAGAAGAUAUCCAGUUAUUAUUUGAACAGGCGAAAAAUAACACUGCCUUCAUGGGAUUCGAUGACUACCUCGAAAUUUAUACCCGUGAGACUAUGCCGGAACGUUACCACUUCUCGAAGAGUGAUAGAAUCGCACCAUUAUGGAUAAUCCCUAAGACUGGUUGGGCGAUUGUCGAACGGCCAGAUUUUGAUGUAAAGCUGGCUCAAAAGGAGGGAAAAGCCUAUCAUCCGAUGGGGAUUCAUGGGUACGAUCACGAACAUCCGCUUAUGAGAGCUAUAUUUGUAGCUCGGGGCCCUAGUUUCCCGCACAAAGCAAACAGUAGAGUCCAAGAAUUCCGUAAGUCCUUACAUUCAUAUACUCUUCAAUAUCUGCUUGCUAAUGGCCAUCUAGAAAAUAUCGAAGUAUAUAACAUAAUAUGCGACUCACUGCGAGUCCAACCUCACCCUAAUAACGGCACAUUGCGCCUUCCAUUAAAACCUGUCGGGUUACACUCUGAUGGGAAAAGUCCUCCCAUCGAAAAUCUAGAUGACCAAGAUCCCCCUAAGUCAACAUCAUCUAAAACUCCAGUUUCCACUAGAUCUCCUCUUCCACAUCCUACUGCAGCCACAGGAAAUGCUGGCAUUCCUCCUCCCCCUCCUCUUCAGACAACUCAGCAAAGCCAGGGACGGCCUUCUUCAAUUAUUGACAGAAUAAUUGACAAAGUCAAAGGCUGGACAGGUGACCUCCUCAGCUUCGUUGGACUGGGGUGA